AUGGCUGUUCCCUUUAUCGGUCGCCUCCAUCCCAUGGAGUACAUUGCUCUCGUUGGCUCCUUUUUCCUCGUGUUCCUUGAAGCCAUCAUCCGCAUCUGCACCCUAGCACUGCCCUCGUUUCUGGUCGCCUACUUUUAUCGGGCGUCGCGUCGACUAUUCCUACGAUUUUCUUCACCCGAAGACAAGCGCGUUAAUCGCAAGACCAAAUGCAUCUCCGACUCUGUCCGAGACGCAGCCGACUUUGUGGAGCUGUGUCGGUUUUGGGGCUAUGAAGCAGAAGAGCAUAUUGUGCAAACCAAGGACGGCUACCUUCUUGGCCUUCACCGUCUUCAGUGGAAGCGCGGUGAAGAGGGCCAGAGAGUCAACAAUGGCCCCAAAUCCAUCAGAAAGCGUGUCAUUUAUAUGCAUCAUGGCCUACUCAUGAACUCUGAGGUAUGGGUCUGUCAGACUGACGAGAAGCGAUGUCUGGCUUUUGAGCUUGUUGAACAAGGCUUUGAUGUUUGGUUUGGCAACAAUCGCGGUAAUAAAUACUCCAAAAAGUCAAUCCACAGCUCACCCAACUCAACACGCUUCUGGGACUUUUCUAUUGAUGAAUUUGCCUUUCAUGAUAUUCCCGACAGCAUCGAGUAUAUCCUGGAGAGUACUCGGCAACAGAGUCUUUCCUACAUUGGUUUCUCGCAAGGCACUGCUCAAGCUUUUGCCACGCUGGCCAUUCACCCAAAGCUCAACCAUCAAGUCAACGUAUUCAUCGCUCUCGCCCCAGCCAUGGCUCCUGCUGGUCUGUCCAACGGUAUCGUCGACUCCCUUAUGAAGGCUUCUCCCUCCGCACUCUAUCUCAUGUUUGGCCGUCGCUCCAUCUUGAGCUCUGCAACCACUUGGGAGUCAAUCAUGUAUCCGCCUCUCUUCGCUCGAUCCAUUGACAUGGGUCUUUCAUUCCUCUUCAAUUGGAAGACUCUCAACAUCUCGUACAGCCAAAAGCUUGCCGCCUAUCCGCAUCUCUAUUCUUUCACGAGUACCAAGUCUGUCGUUCACUGGUUCCAAAUCAUUCGCAACCGUUCUUUCCAGCUCUACGACGACGACGUUCACCAGCCCAUAAGCGUCACUACCUCGCGCAAGUCCUCAAAGGUGGCCAAGUAUCCAACGCGCAACAUCCGCACUCCCGUUGUUCUCGUGUACGGCGGCAGCGACUCCCUAGUCGACAUCAACAGCAUGCUACGCGAGCUGCCUCCCCAGACUGUCGCCACCGAGAUCCCCCACUACGAGCAUCUCGACUUUUUAUGGGCUCGCGACGUCGAUGUCCAGGUCUUCCAACACGUCUUUGACGCCCUUGACAGCUUCACCGACGCCGAACACACCGUAGAGGAGUACGACCGGUACCACAUUGUUCGCUCCGAGAGUCUCAUGGGCUCUGGCCUGCUCGUCAAUGCCAACAGCACGACCGACAGCGAUGCCUCCGUUCUGGGCAGCAAGAGCCACGGCCACCUCCCCGUUCCACAGCCGCACGUCGCUCGAGAGCCGGCUGUACGCUCCCGCGCCGCCACCGUCGGCAGCUCGCCCUCGACUUCCUUCAAGGGUGUCAAGUUUGAGCCUUUGCCCACCAAGAAGCCCCAACUCGACAGCAGCGUGCCCGGCUCCAACUCUGACAAGCUUCGCGGCGUCGGCGUCCGUCGGGAGCCCGAGCAGCUCACGGGGCUCAACGUCUCCGUUUUGCGCGAUGGCCGCGGGAUAAGCCCCGGCCAGGCCAACGCCGUCGGCGGCGUCGUCGCCGACACGAGUGGCGUGGAGCGCGCCGACGUCAUUUCAUCUUCGGGCGAGGAGAAGAGGGCCGAGAAGAAGACGUUGAAGAAGCGUCGCUAG